CAUUUUGAUAAAUGUUUCUCUCUAUUGUGGCUUGUAGAUAGUCUUGUGGGUUAUGUGGUUAUGGUGUACCGGUUGCAACGUCGACGCCAUUUUAAGGAGUGUAGUGACUAAAGAUGCAGUUGCGCCUGUGUUCUUUUUUUAAUUAAUCUAAGCGAGAUAAUUAAAUUUAAUUGCAUUGUUGUGUAAUAUUAAACAAAAUGACGCAAUUUUUACCACCAAAUUUACUCGCAUUAUUUGCACCCCGCGAACCAAUACCUUAUUUGCCACCGGCUAGCAAGCUCCCACACGAAAAGAAGAAUGGAGGAUAUAUUGGCGUUGGAACAUUUCUUAAAUAUUUUGAGGAUCCCAAGGAUACUCCACCACCUGUACGUGUGGAAACUCGAGAGGAAAGAUUGGAACGUCGAAGAAGAGAACGUGCUGAACAAGUUGCUUAUAAAUUAGAACAAGAAAUUGCUGUUUGGGAUCCUGCUGGUAUACCCAAUGUGACUGCAGAUCCUUUUAAAACCUUAUUUGUAGCAAGAAUAAAUUAUGAUACUUCGGAAUCCAAACUUAGGAGGGAGUUCGAAGUCUAUGGACCGGUAAAAAAGAUUGUGGUAAUUCAUAAUACAAUAAAUGGCAAACCUAGAGGAUAUGCCUUCAUUGAGUAUGAGCACGAAAGAGACAUGCACUCUGCGUAUAAGCAUGCCGAUGGUAAGAAAAUAGAUGGUCGCAGAGUGUUGGUUGACGUGGAGCGUGCAAGAACAGUAAAAGGGUGGCUCCCUCGACGACUUGGUGGUGGUCUAGGUGGUACUCGCAGAGGUGGACCCGAUGUGAAUAUUAAACACUCCGGUAGGGAAGAUAAUGAAAGGGAAAGAGAAAGAUAUCGUCUCGAGCGAGAGAGGGAAACUUCUGGACGAGGGAUGGACAGGGAUAGGGAUCGUGAUCGUUUAGACAGAGAACGUAGAAGGUCACGCGAUCAUAAAAGAAGAUCAAGGAGUAGGUCACGCGACCGAAAACGUAGACGUAGUAGUCGAGAUCGUUUACCAGAUCCUGAUAUAGAGGAAAUUCAAAGGGACGAACGACCACGCGAUAGAAGAGAUCGUGAUCGUGAACGUGAUCGUGAUCGAGAUCGUAAGAGGAGUAACGAUCGUGAUCGCGAUCGCGAUAGGGACAGGAAGAGAAUUAAGAGAGACAGAGAUCGUGAACGCAGGGAUAGAAAAGAUCGUGGUGAUCGACAGGAUGAGGAUACCAAGGAAAUUCGUAUUAAGGAAGAACCUUUGGAUGAUUAUCCCGAUUAUAGUAACACGUUCUCAACGUCAGGAUCAUAUUUCACCGCAGUCAAGUAUGAAGACGAUAACGAUCAAGAAGUCGAAGAAAAAUAUAGAAUUCCCGAAGGUCGCCCUGAUCCACCCCCAUACAAUAAUUACGACUCUGUACAAGAUUAUUGAUCUCAGUAAUAUGCCUUAUGACGUUUUCUCUCAGCCCGCGACGAAUCGAUGCAACCAUCAAUAAUAAUGUUUAUAUUGUAUUUCCUUAUUGUUAUUAGCAUAAAUGCUGUAAAUUACUGCAUUUGAGUUACAACGAGAAUUGUAUAGCGGAAUGGAAAAUUUUUAAUGAGCAGAUUAUUCUAUUUGGCAUAUUGCAAGGUAAGCAGCUUUGAUCUAAGUUUAUAAAUUAGCCGCCAUCCAUUUAUCCGUUCCCUUGGUAAUUAAUUAAUUUAGAAUAUUAUAUUAUAUUAUAUUAUAUUAUAUAUAUAUAUUUAUACCA